AAUUUUGGCUGCAGGAUGUGACAAUUAUUUUAUUUUAAUUUUUUUAAAAUCAUAUUUCAGUUAUUUGGUUAGACAUUGUUAUACAUUCACCCAUGGAAUGAUCAUUCUUGCAUCUUCUCUGUAAGAAACAAAUGUGUGAUCUUACUAAUUUGGAGAACAACAGUUUGUCGGACAGCAUAUUGCCAGCUCUAUUAUGUGUUGAUUUACUGUGCAGCCCUACUAUGAAUUUGAAGGAAAAAUAUUGAUUCAUAUUCAUAACAUAUUGUGCCUUUUAUUUAGCCUCAGUUACCAAUUACUUUACAGGUUAUGCUUUUAAACAAAUGAUCUUAACUAUCCACAAAAUGUACACAAUUCAUCAGUAACACGUAUCUGCCAACAAGUGAUGGUAAUAUAUAAGGCAGGCUUGGGCAGUAAUGGAAUACUAUAUAUAAUUAGGAUAAAAAAAAUAUAAGUGUAAAAAAGUUACAGAAAUCUUCAGACAUCAUUAAAGUAACUCUCUCAGCCUCCUCUAUAAAUCGGACAUUCACCAAAGGUCAUGACCUGCAUGAUGAGUAGCAAUACUUGCUAGUACUUAAGUACAUCUCGCCACCAGUUUUGUUUAAAGUCGUAUUAUGUAGUUUGUGGGGAAGAAAUUUAACCAGAAGAGAAAGAUCUUGACUGACAGAUUUUAAACUGAAUAAACAAACUCUUUGUUUUCAUGACUGAAUAAACAAACUGACCUUAAAGGGCAAUGCAAUUUCAUGCUGUCUUACUUUGUUUAUAUUUGGCGGACCCUGCCAAUGAAUCAAGGACCUUUAAAUUCAAACACCUAACAUUUUAAAAGUAAAUGGAAACAAGAAGGAGGAAUGUCUAUGUCUGAAGAUGAAUGGGUGAAAAAAACACUGUGAUUCAAGGUGCUGGAACAAAUUGUGGGUGGUUAUGAAAACAUUUAAAUUAAGAUAAAUAAGUGAUUCACAUUAAGUGGUUGAAAUGCACAAAAGCAAAUAGUUACUGCAGUAAUAAUAAUAAUCUAAUAAUAAUCUCCAAAAAAAAAAAAAAAUAAUAAUAAUGUGAACAUUUUUGGGGGUUUUGGCUGCUACUUGAUUGAAAAAUAAAUUAAUAAAUAAUCAAUUAUAAAAUCAAUUCCACAAUGAUUUACUUUGUUUCUGUUGUCAUCUGGCGCCUAAUGCCUGCAGAGGGUAGGCGAGGUUUACAUUCACGUCUGGUCACCUGUAAGCUCUUUCUUCCUUCUCUGGCUUACACACACACUCACACACACACACGCACGCACACACACACUCUGCUCUCGCAUCGGUAAUAAUAUGCAUGACACCUUCCCUUCCCUCCCGUAUGAAAGCGGUCAGGGGAAUUAGCCGCCCUGGGCGCGCGCGUGUUAAGCCAGGGGUUGCGGGAGCGCGCGCGGAUUGUCCACCAUCUCAGCCCCUCGGCAGGCUGUGCACCUCGCGCGUCUUGUCAUCCAUCUCCAUAGCGAAGAGCUGAUCCUCCACGAGCACUGAGGGAUGAAACGGAAAAGAACGCAUGCCUGUCACCACAGAAAUGAGUGAGUCGUCGUCCAUUCACUCGGCGAAGCUUGUUUCAUUGGCCCGAUCGCUGUCCGGGCUUGGGCUUGAUGCCGCCAAUGGAGGUCCGAUCAAUCCCCCUGAUGAUGAGCCACCUCCUCCGGAGUCCGGCAUCGAUCUAGGCCCUGGGCUGUUUUUCUCUGACGGCAAGAGGAAAGUGGACUACAUCCUUUGCUACAAAUACAAGAAAAGGCAGUCGUCCAAGCCACGCCUUUCCAUCACAUCCAAUGGGAGUAUACCAUUACCGAUACUGGGCCGAUGGGAAACGGAAGCAGAGUCUGUGGAAGCAGGAGCACCUGCUGGAGAGGCGGAGGAGCCGAGGCUGUCCGAGGAGGAGAAGGCUUUAAUGAGGGAGGAGUUUGAGGCAGGUCUCCUGGAGGCUGGACUACAGAUCGAGCGUGACAAAGAGAGGGCAAACGGUCUGGGGUUUAUUCGGCUGCACAUCCCGUGGCCGAUACUCAGUCGAGAGGCAGAGCUUCAGAAGAUCAAAGUUGCUGUGAAAAAGAAAUGUGAACUGAGGAAACGGAUGGGCAUUGCUGGGAUAUGGGAUUCCUUCGUGGCCAAAAUCAACAUACCGUUUCAACCAGACGUCCCCGACUUUGACAUCCAAAAGGACUCACAGACUCAUGUCCAUUUCAAAACCCUCAAACACGCUUUUAUCAGAGACAAGCUCCAUCUGUAUGACAUCAAAUCAACAGAAACUGUAUUUGACAACGCAACCCGCAGCAGAAUAGUGGCUGAGAUUAUUUCACGCACUACCUGCAGACAUACUUGCCAAACCACUGGCAUCAGCUCAUUAUUGGCUCGGGGUGUCUAUGACUCUGCCUUCCCUCUGCAUGAUGGGUCGUUCACAAGGAGAGAACGGAAAGAUCAGCGAAAUGACAGACAGCUCCUCCAUGAAGAAUGGGCAAACUAUGGAGUCAUGCAUAAAUACCAGCCUGUGGACCUGAUCAGGAAGUACUUUGGAGAGCAGAUUGGGUUGUAUUUUGCCUGGCUGGGUGUUUAUACCCAGCUCCUCAUCCCUCCGUCUGUACUGGGCAUCAUUGUCUUCCUGUACGGCAUAUUCACUGUAGAUGCCAAUGUGCCAAGCCAGGAGACAUGUGAUGACAACCUGAACAUCACCAUGUGUCCGCUGUGUGAUGGAGUGUGCGACUACUGGCGCCUGAGUACGGUGUGCUCACUGGCCCGAGCGUCGUACCUUUUCGACAAUGGAGCCACUGUCCUGUUUGCUAUUUUCAUGUCUCUGUGGGCUGCCUGUUUCCUCGAGCACUGGAAAAGGCGACAGAUGUGUCUGAAACAUGCCUGGGACCUGACGAGCUUGGAGGAUGAGGAGGAGCGAGUCCAGGAGGAGCUGAGGCCUGAAUAUGAAGAAGCUCUACAGGAGAAAAAAGCGAAGAUGAAAGCACAGUCGAGGAAGAAGGCGGCUCAGGCUGGAGAUGGUGUCGAUGGAGAAACAGACCGGAUGCUGGCCUCCCAGCCAGAGCCAGAGUCCCUGGACAUCGAGGAUCACCUGUACGGUUAUCUCAUCAAUGUGUCCACCUUACUUUUUCUGAUCUUCGUGACCUUCUCGGCUGUGUUCGGGGUGGCAGUUUAUCGUAUCUGCAUGUUAAGCGUUUGGUCCAUGAACCCUGAUCCUGAAGCCAAGGCCAGCGUGAGGAUGACCGUCACCACCACAGGCAUCAUCCUGAACAUGUUGGUCGUUCUGGUGUUGGAGGAGGUCUAUGGAGCGAUCGCCGUGUGGCUGACUGAACUGGAACUUCCUAAAACUAAGGAAGAGUUUGAAGAGAGGCUCAUCUUUAAGUCUUUCUUUCUCAAAUCCAUGAACGCCUUUGCACCUAUAUUCUAUGUGGCCUUCUUCAAGGGCAGGUUUGCUGGGCGGCCUGGCGAUUAUGUUUAUGUCUUUGGAGACUAUCGUAUGGAGGAGUGCGCUCCGCCAGGCUGCCUCAUCGAGUUGUGCAUCCAGCUCAGCAUGAUCAUGCUUGGAAAGCAGCUCAUCCAAAACAACGUGUUUGAGGUUCUCAUACCUAAGCUGAAAAAGAUGUACAGAACAAUACAGGAGGAAAAAGUAAAGAAAAGGGCGGCAGAAAACAACGAGGAGAAUGAAGAAGAGAAGAGACCGAAGCAACAGUUUGACAAAGAUUUCACCCUUGAGCCCUUUGAAGGCGUGAGCCCAGAGUACAUGGAGAUGAUAAUCCAGUACGGGUUUGUGUCUCUGUUCGUGGCCUCCUUCCCGCUGGCGCCGGCGUUCGCCCUGCUGAACAACGUCAUUGAGAUUCGCCUGGACGCCGCAAAAUUUGUCACCGAGAUCCGGAGGCCUGACGCCGUGAGGUGCAAAGACAUAGGGAUUUGGUACAACAUUCUCUGUGGAAUCAGCAAGUUCUCUGUCAUUACCAAUGCUUUCGUCAUCUCCUUCACGUCAGAGUUUGUUCCACGAAUGGUUUUCCAGUACAUGUACAGUGUGAAUGGCACCAUGAAUGGCUUCACAGAGCACUCACUGUCCUACUUUAAUAUCAGCAACUUCCCUGCUGGCACCGCACCCACCACCACCCUCUUCACUGGAGUCUCUGUGUGCAGGUAUAAGGAUUACAGAGACCCGCCGUGGGAACCUGAUGCCUACACCUUCUCUAAACAAUACUGGUCUGUCCUGGCUGCAAAGUUGGCCUUCGUCAUAUUCUUCCAGAACUUUGCCAUGUUCCUCAGCAUGCUGGUUGCCUGGAUGAUCCCGGACGUACCGCGAUCUCUGCGUGAACAGUUGAAGAAAGAGAACAUGAUGCUGAUGGAGUUUCUGCUGAAUCAAGACCAAGAAGCGCGUGCCAAGUCUCACUGCCCGAAACGCUCCAUCCCCUUCAUCCCCCCCAGAAUAGACAUUGUGGUGGAGGCACCACCGGACGAAGAAGAAGAGGAGCAGCAAGUGGAGGAAGAGGGAGGAGAACAGGUCGAGAUCAAACUGGAUGAACACAUAAGGAGCAGGGACAGUGAUCCAGAGAUCGGGAGGCCAUUCGAAGAAGCUGAAGAAACUGCACAGGAAGAGAAAGGAGGCGAAGGAGAAGAUGAAGGUGGAAAAGUGGAGGACAGAGAACUGGAAAAAGAUAAAGAAGUGAUUGAAGUAGAUGGAAAGGAGACUGAUGAGCCAGGGGGAGGAGAGGAAAAAGAAGAAGGGGAACAAAGACAUGAAAAGGAAAAAGAAGAAGGGGAACAAAGACAUGAAAAGGAAAAAGAAGAAGGGGAACAAAGACAUGAAAAGGAAAAAGAAGAAGGGGAUCAAAGACAGGAAAAAGAAAAAGAAGGAUGGGAACAGAGACAGGAGGAAGAAAAGGAAGAAUGGGAACAAAAACAGGAAGAAGGGAAGAAAGUGAAGGCAGAAGAGAAUUUUACUGUCGAUCUGGACGCCUUCAUGAGCGAGCUGGGCCUGUUAGAUGAAGAACCGUCACCCAGCAGUGCUACAGCUAUAGAGCUUCCUCGCUCGGGCUCCAAACAGGAUAACCAGAGAGACCCGGGGCCUCCAUCACUUCCGUCAUCUAAAAGAGGUUCCACUCAGAGUCUGAAGAGCUCCAGGGCAGACAUUACUGCAUCAGAUACUGACACUAGGCUCUUCUCGCUAAUUGCUCCUCCUCCAAGAGAGUCGGGCUCAAGGGCAAAGGCCCGCUGCUCCACCCUGCCUUCCCGCCACAAAGGGGCCGAGGUUUGUUACAGCCUGCCACGGCCCAGUCAUUCCACCAGCCUCACGAGGUUCCAGCAGGCACCCACCCUCACUCCCCUGGUUCCUCUGGGCUCUUCGCUAUCAUCAUCAUCCAACCCUUUGUCUCUCCCACGCACGCCGGUCACACCGACAUCUCCACAUCCCGAACAGUCCCCAUCAGCCCAACAGCCUAAAGCCCCCAGUGAACUAUUUGCACUGAAAGGCCCUCCGCCACAGCAGCCUCGAUCCAGGGGCAAAGCCCGGUGCUCCACACUGCCUGCUCGACAAAGAGCCCCCGGUCCUGAGGAACCCUCCGCCAAGCCUAGCCACUCCACCAGCUUUACAAAGCUGGGGGACCGCAUACCCCCUUCUCCCAGUGAACUGAAACGUAACACGGCAGUAUGAGGGAGAGCCGGACAGCAAGGGAAAGGGAUAGAGGGUGUCACAGGGGGAGGUGGACUAUCCAGAUUAGCCUGUUCCUGGAACCUCACCCCUCCAUCUGUACUCACUAUCUGCAUGCAUAACACCUGGGGUCUGGGGAGAGACCAUCCUGAUCAACUGGGCAUCUGUUUUAUCCUCUUAAUCUUCACAGACAUCUUUGUACUACUGAGUGGUUUAGGGUUGGUCUAGACAAGGAGGGUGUUGGACAAUCCAGAGAAAGUCUGCUCUGAAAUUCUCCCUGCCAUGCCUGAACAACAAAAAAACACAGCGUUGGACUGAAAUCUUUCUAUUCUGUUUUUUUUUUUUUUUUUGCGGGGGGUUGUUGUAUUAUUAUUUUUUUUCUUUUGUUGGUUUGUUUUUGCCCACAGACACAGCUCAGUAGCCACUGCUCUUCUGUUAUCUUCAGUCCCACACAUGCAGCAGUGCUGCCUUGCAGACAAGAGGAAAUAUAUACAGCACAGCUAGUAUCAGCAGUUAUUCUUGUAGAUCUACUGUUUAUUUUUAGAGGUUUUGAUAUAUAAAAAAAUGUAAAAUUACAAUAAAAGAAACACAUAUUUUUGACAUCUGUUUUUUCCUUUCAAAUUCUGAGGGUCAUGGUACAGCUGAGCAAUACGGCCUUUUAAGAAAAACUGCUAUAUUUUUGGUCUAUAUAUUAUAAAUGUUGAUGUUUCAAAGUCUCCUCAAAGACACUUCAUACAUGCUAGGAUUGUGCAGCAAAAUCAAAUAUAGUAUGUUUGACCAAAUACUCUUUAUAUUGUAAUUGGCCUACACUUUCUAUGAAGCCCAUGUCCAUACUUCACUCAAAGCAACCAAUGGCCAGUUAUAGUUACUAGAACCAGCAUGUAGUUUGUAUGGCUGCUUGUUGAAGUAUUAAUACUUGACCCUGUAACACAUUAUAAAAUGUUGGUAAUUUGUUUUGAUUACUGUUUUGAAGCAUUCUGAAUAUUCACGAGGGUGUAUGACACUUAUACAGGGCUUUAGGUGCAUUUUAUGCUCAGUUUGCUCAUAACACAUUGACAUGGGCUUCACAGAGAGUAUUGCCUGUUAUUGUGAUGAUAUUGUAGGUAUGACAAUGGGAUUUUUGAUACAUAAUCCUCAGUUAUGUGGUUAUAAUGGCUAUGAGUGGGUAAAGGCAAGUAGAAGAGUCUAAUAAGUUCCAGAAAAUCACAUCGCUUUACUGUAAUGUCAGUGUAAAUUAGGGUUAUUAUGCCCUAUCACAGUAUAACAAUAUCCAUAAUUUGAAAACAUAUAUAGUCUCAGAUUACCAUAAUGACAUAAUGAUGAAACAAUAUGAUUUAUUUCCUAAAGCUCCAUGUCAUGGGUUGUUUUACGAUGCAUUAUGCCACAAGGAUUUUCAUUACUGACAUGUUGAAAAUGUUUUUGUCAAGAAAUACCACACAUUCUUAGUAAGAGCUGACAUACAUAAUAAACCCACUGGCGCUUCUUUUCAGAGAUUGCGAACAAACACGAGGCCAACGACCACAACAACAACAACAACAACAACAACAACAGGACAUUCAUAACAUGUCUCCCAAGAUGGUAACGGUGUCAAGGCUUACAGGCCGGUUGUGUUGUCUCUGUUGCCCCCCUCUGGUGUAUGUUGAAACACCAACAAAUGAUUCCCUGUCCUGCAUUUAAGCAUGGAUGCCCAGUGGUGUCCUGCUUUGCUUUUGUAUCCUAAAUCAGA